AUGGAGUAUGUCGUUGGUGCUCCAUUCAACGUGGUGGUACGCCAUGCGAUGGUUGGUGAAACGGUCGAUGUUCCCGUGGCAGUGGUAUCAGUUCCUCCGGUGGAUUCUGUGGUCAACUCUGUUGAACUCGAUGCUGCGUUAGCUGGUGUAGUAGUGCCCUUCCCUGUGGUGGCAGUGGUACCAGUUCCCGUGGUGGCAGUGGUACCGGUUCCCGUAGUACCAGUGCCCGUCGUUCCGGUGUUAGUUCCAGUUCCCGUGGUUCCAGUUCCAGUUCCAGUUGUGCCUGUGGUUGUUGCGGCAGCUGCUGCUGCUGCUGCUGCUGCGGUGGUUGUAGGGGUAGUAGCCGUGGUAGCCGCAUUACCAGUGGUUGUAGCUGCUGUGUUUGUUGUAGCUGCGGUCGCAGUGUUAUCAGUAGCAGUAGCUGCAGUCGCCGUAUUGUCGGUCGCAGUGGCUGCGGUCGCUGUGUUGUCAGUUGCAGUGGCUGCCGUGGCGGUGUUAGCCGUGGCCGUCGUGGCUGCGUUCGCAGCGGCCGUCGUCCCCGUGGUGGUGGCCGGAUCUGCGGCGUAA